AGGUGUUGUGGUGAAGACAGGCUCAUCUCUCCCACGAUCAGUCCCACUAAAGACUUUUACCACUAAAAGGCUUUAUCUUAAUUUACGGAUGGUGAACUUUUCUUUGGAGAUUUUAUUGAAUAGUAAUUGUUUUAGUUGUCAAAAAGGACCUAAAGACCCGUGUUUCCUCGAAGCUAUCAUGCUGAACACCGAGGAAAGUUCCUGGUUAGCGGGGUCUCGGCUGCCCUGCUCCAUCCCUCAGUCUCCGGGGCCUCUGUGGUGCUCCGAUGCCCCUCACCCACAACUGAAGAUCCCGGGUGGGCGAGGGACUGUCAGGGAUCAUUCUCUCGGCGUGCUACUACACAAGGAUGAGAAGUUAACAGUGACACAGGCAACUCCAGUGAGUGGGAACCCCUCUUUUCUGCACUUCCACUACCAGCUGAGUGAGCGCCGCUCGGCCUUCUGGGAUACGGCUCUAUCGGCUGACAGCCUCUUCCUGGAGAUCCCUGCCGGGCCGCUGGUGGAGGGAAGCAAGGAGGGGCUGACUGCUCUGCUCGAGUUUGCAGAAGAGAAGCUCAAAGUUAACUAUGUGUUCCUGUGGUUCCGUAAAGCCAGAGAGGAUCGAUUGUCAAUCAUCAAGACGUUCCACUACAUGGGCUUUGAGAUGGUGAAGCCAGGCAACCCCAUGGUACCAGCCCGGCCCGAUCUGGCCUUCAUGGUUUACUCUCUGGACAACAGCAGCUCAGAUGAGGAUUGACUGCCACACCAUCUCCUUACACCUCCCUCUCCCACCCUGACCCACCUCCCUUCCCUCCCUCCCCAUAGAAAAACACGCCUUCUGCCCGAUUUUCUUCAGGUCUCGCUCUGACAAACUCCUCCUCUCCCUCAGACAUCCUUCAUCACUGACUGGGAGGUGUCACCUUUUCUUUUUUUUUUUAAUAGACUUGUGAUUUAAGGGGGCGUUUGGGAGUGGUAGGAUUUCCAUGUGACGCAGACACCCCUGCCUCCCCCUUUUCCCUUCCCCCUCCGAGGAUAACUGCAGCUCGGAGAAACAGGGAGCGGCGUUGCUUGAACUAAGUCAUCACAUGCAUCGUGGGAUUUUUUUCUAUUUCCCUGCUUAGUGGUUCCUCCCUUGGCCACAUUAUUGGUUUGUGCCGCCAUCGGCGAGAUAAACAACUGCUGACAUUCAGGAGAAGGUGGUGUUUUACAUUAAAAUUCAGCAUAUCUCUCCUCUGACAGCUUCCACCUUUUCUAAGGAAAGAGACUUUGGUUUGUCUUUGUGUGCUGUAUACCAUGCAAACGGUGUUUGUAGGGCUAAAAAGAGGGAAUUAUGGGUUUUGUAUAGUCAAUAAAAUGUUUUUUUUGCUUAAUAUAGAUGGGUUAAAGCCUGAUGUGUUACAUUUAACAUUAAAGCACAUGUAAACAUUUCUUUACACUUCUUCCUGAUAUAUGUUAAGGCAUCAUUCCAGCUCAUCACGUGCUCUGGGUUUCUUUCCUUUUUUUUUUUUCUCUCAUCAGCCCAAAACAGUCUUGCCACAAAUGUGGAAAUAUCCUGUUAGUCUCUCCAGACGUGUCAAAGCUAAGAAGCAGCCUGCGUGUUGAAUGUCGCAACAGGGAAGCCGCCAGCUCGCCGAGGCAAACACCUUCUCUCCUCGUCCUGCUCUGAGCAGUUAUCAGCCCGUCAAGCUGACGGGGUGAGUUUUUAACGAUCUGGAGGGGACAGGGCUCGCUUGACGCGUCACACGCGGAAACAAACACGCGGUUUAUGUUUUUCAAAGGUCAUAAGCUGAAUAGUUGUUGGUGUAAGAUGGUCGGGUUUAAAAAAAGAAGCUCCACUUACUGUUACUUUGCAUUAAAAUGUGCACACGACGUCUGGAUGGAGUGAAGCUUUAAGCCCCAGUUUGUGCCUCAAAAGUGUUGCCGCUACACUCAAGUCCAGCUAAGCGUCUGUUAAAAAUAAACAACUGGCAAUCAUUGAACACCCGAAUGUUGUUUAACAAGACAUUAAUCUUUAACCUGUCUCUUAAGUUGUGGCUAAAUUUUCUACCCAAGUUGCUGGAAAUGAUUGUCUGAGCUUGUUCUGUAUAACACAAGAUUAUUUUGUAUAAAAAUAUAAAAUGCUCAAAUUUCAUUGCAGACAAACUGAUACUGAUACAGAAAAGUGCAACUUUUCAUACAGCAAACUAUUUUUUUUUUAUCCAGAUGGUUCUGGAAAUAUCUUUAGAACAGUGUUAAGUUUUGUUCAACAACCUUCUGGGUAUUUCAGAGAUCACAGAAAUAUCCUGUGACUUGACAGACUGGGGCUAGUGAAGCUUCGUUCAGCCCUGUAGAGUCCUCAGUGGUGCUACUAUCCCGCACCAGCUGAAAGCUCGACGGCAACGAGGCUCUUUGUGCCUAAAGAGGAGAGUGCAAUGUCAAUAUUUUUUACUUUUGAGUCUUAUUGAGGAAUGUGUCCAUUUUCCAUAUUCAGUCGCACGCAGAUCCAGAUCCAGACCCAUGCUGUGUGAGGAAAUGAUCUCAUUGUCGGGGUACAACAGGAGCACUUCAGGUGAUUACUGUAUAUGCAAUUAGAGUAAAAACACAGGGGGAGUCCUGUGCAGGUUUUUUUGUGGUUUUUAGUACUCUGAACAAAACGCCAAAGAGUCCAUUCUGUCUGUAACAUGCUGUCCAUUGAAAUCAUCUUGCUUUCAAAAUUCAGCUCAUUUAAACCUGAUAUGUAAAGAAACAUUAAUCUACAUUCCCCAUGUCAGCCAUACUACCUGUAACACGUCAGAGAAACAUGAUAGUCUGUUCCAGAGUGGUGUUGGGAUGGGGUGGGGGCCUUUUUCUUCUGCAUGUGUUCAGAUCACGAGUCUUCGUUGCUACUGAUUGAGCCCUGACUAUAAGCUGUUAGGAAAUGUCAAUAUAUGAAUUUUCUCAGAGGUAUAUUUUUAUGUAUGUAUAUUUCUCUAAUGUUUACUGUCAUAGUUUAGGGAUUUAUUUUUUGUUCUCAGUGAUAUGCAGUACUUAGCAACCAUUCAAUGACAAUCCACACUUGUAUACUCUGGAAAUUUUUGUCUUGGGGAAAAACAAUAAAACUUGUUAUCUAAAUAAGA